CUGGCUGAUGGAGCGUCUGUUGUAGCAGAUACACAGAGAGUCCGCGGAACUGGGAGGGAGUCGUUCUCAAAAUCCGCCUUCAUCCUUUUUUAAACAGACUAUUUUCAGGGUAAAAAUUACUAGAGCAUAAAGUUCACACUUUACUCUUUUUAAUAAGCCUGAUAUUUUGAUAUUUCCCGAUUCGGAAUGUUAGAAAACGACUGGUGAAAACUGGGUAGCUACUGUGGAAGGGAAUUAGCAAGCUAGCAGGCUGUAUAAGGGGAUUCUGGCAGGGAGAGACGGAAGAAUAGACGGGUAACAAAGAACGGGGUUUCGUUGCUUUUAUUAAACACUCCGAACGUAUAUCAUUUAAACUACUCCCGUUAAAGCUAGCUUGAUCGCUAGCUUUGUUAUUUAGCCAUUUAUCAUGGAACUGAGAGUAGGAAACCGAUACAGACUGGGAAGGAAAAUUGGCUCUGGAUCCUUUGGUGACAUUUAUUUGGGUACAGACAUCUCCGUGGGGGAAGAAGUAGCCAUCAAGCUAGAAUGUGUGAAAACGAAGCACCCACAGCUGCACAUCGAGAGCAAGAUCUACAAGAUGAUGCAAGGAGGCGUCGGUAUCCCAACAAUCAAAUGGUGUGGAGCAGAGGGAGAUUACAAUGUGAUGGUGAUGGAGCUGCUGGGACCCAGUUUGGAGGAUCUCUUCAACUUCUGUUCUCGCAAGUUCAGCCUAAAGACUGUUCUUCUGCUGGCUGACCAGAUGAUCAGCCGUAUCGAGUACAUACACUCCAAGAACUUCAUCCACAGAGACGUCAAGCCCGACAACUUCCUUAUGGGCCUGGGGAAAAAGGGCAACCUUGUUUACAUCAUUGACUUUGGCCUGGCCAAGAAGUACAGAGAUGCUCGCACCCACCAGCACAUCCCUUAUCGCGAGAACAAAAACUUGACUGGCACUGCUCGCUACGCUUCCAUCAACACCCACUUGGGCAUAGAGCAAUCCAGACGAGAUGACUUGGAGUCUCUUGGCUAUGUGCUCAUGUACUUCAACCUGGGCUCUCUGCCAUGGCAGGGUCUGAAGGCUGCCACAAAGAGACAGAAGUAUGAGCGAAUCAGCGAGAAGAAGAUGUCCACUCCUAUUGAAGUCAUGUGCAAAGGAUACCCAUCUGAGUUUGCCACAUACCUCAACUUUUGCCGCUCCCUUCGCUUUGACGACAAGCCCGACUACUCUUACCUGAGACAGCUCUUCAGGAACCUUUUCCACAGACAAGGCUUUUCAUACGACUAUGUGUUUGACUGGAAUAUGCUCAAAUUUGGUGUGAACAGAGCAGCAGAAGAUCCUGAGAGAGAGCGGAGGGAUCGAGAGGAAAGAUUGCGACAUGGGCGGAAUCCUGCGGCCCGUGGCAUAAUGCCCUCCAGCUCAGGUAGACCCAGAGGAACGCAAGAAGUAGCACCUCCCACACCCCUCACGCCAACCUCACACACAGGAAUGGAGCGAGAGAGGAAGGUCAGUAUGAGAUUGCACCGUGGAGCCCCUGUCAACAUUUCCUCCUCUGAUCUAACUGGUCGACAGGACACUUCACGCAUGUCCACAUCACAGAAUAGCAUUCCCUAUGAUCACCACGGCAAGUAGAUGCUCGCCAUGUUCUGGUAUGAGAGACAGCAUUGGGCUCUUUCUCGCGUCACCCCAAGUGGCCUGCAGUCUGCCGUACCUCGAUGAGACCCUCCACACGCCUCAAGAGCAGACCAACCACAGUCCUGAUCUGCACUAGGACUUCUCCAGCAGCCUCUAGCCAUGUGAAAUCAACCUCAGCAAAUCAAAUUGAAACAAGAGACUUCAUUUCCUCCUUCCUCUCAAUGCAAUUAAACACACUUGAGAGUCACGCAAACUCGAGAGAUGGACAGAUUUUGGUUUUCUUUUCUUCUUUUCACACACACCACACACGUUUCCUUACCUACACUACUCCAACAGACACCUGGGCACAACAGUUGUGCUUGUUAACAUCACUUUUUGCCAGACAAUCGCUGGCGAGAUGGGAGGGACGGGAUGGGACGGGACGGGGGGCGUGAUUCUCAGCCAUCGCUGCCUUCGGCCCUCUGACACACACCAUGAGGAGAGGGCCGUCCUCCUGCCGUCCAAGGGCCUCUUCGCAAAGCAAGAGCGUCUUGGCUGAAGCCAUGUACAGCGGCUCUGAUAGCGCGACGCACCCUCUCCUAUUGCAAAAAAUUACUUUUACACAGCUUGGAAUGCAGCUGUACUGAUAGCCAUUGAUAUUUUGCAUACCGUAAUCUUUUAUUUUUGUCUUUUUAUGUACAACAGAGAUUAAAUUGAUUUCACACUGGCUACAGUCUUUUGCAGGUGAAUCUUUUUCUCUUUUUGUUAGUUUAACAGCGUUAAGCUUAAUGAAAUGUGCAGAAAUAAAUCAAAAGUUUGAAAGCCUGUUCGUUCAUGUGGCGGGAUGAAGGCAGUGUCCUUUUUAUGUCAUUUUGUAGUUUAUUAUGUGGAAGGCCAGGCGAAGAAACAUACAGCAAAGGUUUGAGUAGUCGUACCCACAGUAUCACCUUUACACUCUUUUAGAUGAGUUUUAGUUUUCGUUGCACCAAUCAACCUGGCCCUCUAUAUCAGCUCUCAUGUUUUUUGCUCAUUGAUUUUAUUGCAUUCCCUUAUGCUUUUCUUUUGUUUGUCAAAAGCUGUGAAAUGCAUGUAUUGUAGAGUUGUUGUUGUUAAUGUUGAUGCUUGUUUCUUUUUACCCCCUGAACUAAGCUUAGUGCUUUUACAGUAUCGCAUGCACACGUGGUUGGGUCAAGACUGUUGACAGACAUUUAUAGCAGGAAGUCGAAUAAUGUGAAAAGGGCUUAGUUUUUCUGACCUGAGGGUAUAAAUAUGAACAACUUGGGGCAUAUGUUGAGACAAACGGGCACGUUUUCUUUUAACAUUUGUGUUUGGAUUUAGAAAUGGAUGUCCUGUGCCCAGCUUGUCUCAUUGAGAGUACACCAGCCAUCAUUUAAGCCAUGCCUGAUUUGAUUUAGUUUUUCUUUUGACUGACACUUUUAACAAUUGAGAUGCAAGGUUUUGUUUUUCUUCAACUUUAUUUACUGAGUAUUACCAAUGCUUUUAGUACUACAUUUCCCUUGUUUCGGAAGUGUGGUUCCUUGAAUUACUGGUGCUAUAAGUCACAGAGGACGUGGAAGGCGAGCUGCCUGUCCGUAUCAUUCAGCAUAGUAGAGCGUAGGCUUUUUCUGUAGUCAUGGGGUGGGGGGGCUAGUGGUGAAACUCUUAAAUUCUGUUG